CAGAUCGUUACGCACCAUCCAUACGAUAUAGUCCUAGAGCUUAUAUCAUACCCGUGUAGGUACUACUAGGAUCUGCUCAUGAACAGCUGGGCGCUUCGCUCGUUUCAGGUGACCGCCAUUACCUCAUCCAGAUCUCCCGCUGCUCGUCUUCCCUGUAAGCUCGGUGGUUGCUAUCUCCAGCGCCUGUGGUCCUCAUCCUGUGCAUCCCGAACAGCAAUUAUGGCGUCGAUCGACCGUAAACAGCCCGCGCGGGACUUUUUGUCCUUUGUCAAUGCUUCUCCCACCCCCUUCCAUGCGGUUCAGUCUGCCAAGGAUCUUCUAGUCAGAGCUGGUUUCCAGGAGAUUAAGGAGAAAGACUCCUGGGCCUCUACAUGCCACCCUGGCGGGAAGUACUAUCUGACCCGUAAUGGCUCAACUCUCGUGGCUUUUGCUAUUGGUAAAAAAUGGAAGCCUGGCAAUUCUAUCGCCAUGAUUGGUGCCCACACGGACUCGCCAGUUCUGCGGAUUAAACCGGUGAGCAACAAGCGUGGAGAAGGCUUCAUCCAGGUGGGCGUUGAGACUUAUGGAGGAGGCAUCUGGCAUACCUGGUUUGAUCGUGAUCUUGGGGUUGCUGGAAGAGUAAUGGUCCGGACCAGUGAUGGUUCAAUUGUGCAGAAGCUGGUCAAGAUUGAUCGUCCAAUUCUCCGUAUCCCAACCCUGGCAAUCCAUCUUGAACGCCAGGAGACUUUCGCAUUCAACAAGGAGACCCAGCUCUUCCCCAUCGCUGGCCUCGUUGCUGCGGAACUUAACCGCACUGGCGGCACCAAAGACGCUACCAGCGCUGGAGAAAAUGACGCAGAGAAGAAGAGUUUCGCUCCGUUGAAGGCGAUGACGGAACGCCAUCAUCCCUACUUCAUCGAGCUCAUUGCCUCUGAAAUCGGCGUCUCGCCUGCCGAUCUGAUUGACUUUGAGAUGGUCCUCUUCGACACUCAGAAGUCUUGCCUUGGUGGCUUGCUGGAGGAAUUCAUCUUCUCCCCGAGGCUGGACAACCUUAACAGUUCCUUCUGUGCCACCGUCGGCCUCAUUGACUCGGUUGCUCACGAGUCUGCAUUAGAUGAGGAGCCGUCUAUCCGGCUAAUCUCGCUCUUCGAUCACGAAGAGAUUGGAAGCCGAUCGGCCCAGGGUGCCGACUCCAACGUCCUGCCUGCUAUUAUCCGUCGCCUGUCGGUGCUCCCAUCGUCUCACUUUGAGGAUUCCCAUUCCGAAUCGUCCUACGUCCGAGCCGGGGACACCGACUUUUCCACUGCCUACGAGCAGACGCUGUCUACCUCCUUUCUCGUUUCUGCCGACAUGGCACACGCAGUCAACCCCAACUUCGCGGCCAAGUACGAAUCGGACCAUAAGCCAGAAAUCAACAAGGGCCCUGUCAUCAAGAUCAACGCCAACGUGCGCUACGCAACCAACGCCCCUGGAAUCGCACUCCUGCACGAGGUGGCUCGCAAAUCAGCCGAAACCGAAGGCGAAGGAGUUCCGCUGCAGCUCUUUGUCGUCCGCAACGAUUCCAGCUGCGGGUCUACGAUUGGGCCGAUGCUGUCAGCUGCAUUGGGAACGAGGACCUUGGACCUGGGCAAUCCGCAACUGAGCAUGCACAGCAUCCGGGAGACAGGGGGUACAUAUGAUGUGGGACAUGCGAUUCGACUCUUUACGGGCUUCUUCAAGCAUUACUCGGCCUUGUCCAAGACUAUUUUUGUUGACUAGUUAUCAUUCAAUUCUGUACAGAGUACAGAGUAGUAGGUACCUAGUGUACGCUUAUGCACGGAAAACCAAGUCCCAUCUCACGUCACCUUUCCCAAUACGGUCUAGGCGUGCUCAGACUCUACGGAGCGCCCGGAAAGCCAAUUCCCCAACAUUGGCCUUCCCCACCCACUCAGGUAGAGAGGCAGAGUGCCAUUGCAGGUGAGCAGAGUAGGGGUACAUAGUAGUCAUUAAUUGAAGACGUAG